CCCAAUAAAUACACCAUCUCCCGUGGAUUUCUCGUGUGUUCAUUAUUGUCGUGGAUACAGAUUUUGCUCCAUUCCGGUUUUGAUUCCAAAGUUUGCGUGUUUAUUUGUUUUUUUUUUAUUUUUGAAUUUAAUAAAAUAAAUCAGAUUCAACAAAAGUGAUGGAGCCAAUUCAUGUUGUUGUUACUGGCGCUGCUGGUCAGAUUGCCUAUUCAUUACUGUAUAUGAUUGCACGUGGAGAGGUUUUUGGAAAGGAUCAACCAUUAGUUUUGCAUUUGUUGGAUAUCCCACCAAUGAUGGGCGUACUGGAAGGUGUUGUUAUGGAGCUCGCUGACUGCGCUUUACCUUUAUUGAACAAAGUUAUUGCAACUGCUGAUCCCGAAGUAGCAUUCAAAAAUGUUUCCGCUGCUUUCUUAGUUGGUGCAAUGCCACGUAAAGAGGGUAUGGAACGUAAAGACUUACUUUCUGCAAAUGUGAAAAUAUUUAAAGCACAAGGUCAAGCUUUGGACAAAUUUGCCCUUAAGGACGUAAAAGUUUUAGUUGUUGGAAAUCCAGCUAAUACUAAUGCUUUGGUAUGUUCACACUAUGCGCCAUCAAUUCCACGCGAAAACUUCACUGCUAUGACACGCUUGGAUCAAAAUCGUGCCACUGCUCAAUUAGCGCAUAAAUUGGAUGUUUCAAUUGGUGAUGUCUCUAAUGUUAUCAUCUGGGGCAAUCAUUCUUCAACCCAAUUCCCAGAUCCAAAUCAUGCAGUCGUAAAUAUUGACAACAAAUCAAAGAAACUAUCUGAAAUAUUGUCCGAUGAUUCUUAUUUAAAAUCGAUAUUUGUUGAAACUGUUCAAAAGCGUGGCGCAGCGGUUAUUUCCGCUCGUAAGAUGUCAUCUGCUAUGUCUGCCGCUAAGGCAGCUUGUGAUCACAUGCACGAUUGGUGGCAUGGUACAGCAAACGGUCGUUUCGUUUCAAUGGGUGUGAUUUCUGACGGUAGCUAUGGUGCUCCAAAGGACGUUGUAUUUUCCUUCCCAGUGGAAAUUGUUGGAAAGCAGUGGAAAAUAGUACAGAAUUUAGCAAUUAACGAUUUUACAAAGAGCAAAUUAGAAGCAACUGGUAACGAAUUGCUUGAGGAAAAAACUGAAGCAAUGGCUGUGUGCGAUGCAGAUUGACUAGCCGGCGGAGGGGACUCAAAAUUGUAAACGGUUCUUAGUGAGCUUAUUAGUUCGACAAUUCUGUUUAAUGCACAACAAUUUUAGAGGUAGUUAACACAUACUAGUGCAACCAAAAAAAUAUUGACAUCAAUAUCCUAUUUUGAAAUCUUGUUUGUUGUUUAUUUUCUUUUUUUCUCAAAAAUUAAAGAAGAAAAAUGAUAUAUUAAACUUAGAUUAAAAUUAUUUACGAUAUUAAUAAUCAGAUUAUUGAAUCAACAUCAACGAAAUUAAAUUUCAACUUUGUUGUUUGUUAUUAAGUUAAAUUUAUAAAUUUAAUAAAAUGUUCAACCCUGACUCAUAAUGUAGAGAAAUUGUAAUUAUAUAAUAUUAUAAUUAUUUGAAAAACCCAAAUAAAUGUUUUUAG